AUGGAAGAACUCACACAGUUUGUGCACAAGUCUUUUGAGAACUGCGAGGCGAAGAGCGCCAUGGAAGGGUCAGAUCGUCACCAAGAGGUCAAGGUCGAUGACUGCGUCUCGCUGGAGAUGAAGCUGAGCGCCAUCAAGAGCGAGAAGAGGUACGAGGACCACCACUACGACGACGAUGAUGACGACGAUGAUGAUGAUGAAAUCGACAUCGAUAACGUGCCAGACGAGUCGUCUUGCCCGCCCCCCUCAGCGGCUGAGUUUGCUUCAGUUAAACGUGACGUCAAAUCACCACACAGACAGUGCCUGACGUCAGCGCUCAGCGACGACGCCGAUGACGUCGACGCCCCGCCCAAGGUCAAACAGCGACGGUCAAGGACGAACUUCAGCCUGGAGCAGCUGAACGAACUGGAGAGGCUGUUUGAUGAGACGCACUACCCUGAUGCCUUCAUGAGGGAGGAGCUGAGUCAAAGGCUGGGGCUGUCGGAGGCGCGGGUGCAGGUUUGGUUUCAAAAUAGGCGGGCAAAGUGUAGAAAACAAGAAAGUCAGAUGCAGAAAGCAGGUCUUAUACUCCCCACCCCCCUGGGCACGCCUCUGGACUCGUGCAGGGUGUCAUCCUUCGUCGGGCUUCCCCCCAUGUCGGAGCGCAUGGAACGCGUGCCCCUACCUCCCCCACCCCCGCCCUUUUACCCCUACCUCCACCUCCACCCCAGCAGCGCCGCCGUGGCCGCCGCCAUGGCAACGCACCACGCCCUCCACCCCAUGCUGCUCUUCCAGCACCACCUAGCGGCCCUCUCGGCGUCUCUCAACUCAACCAACCUUAGGGCCAACAAGAACACGAGCAUCGCAGACCUGAGGCUCAAGGCCAGACAGCAUCUGGCCAGUUUAGGAAUUUAA